CGUCACCAUGUGUACGAAACAAACCAAACUGUACUGUGGGGAGUGAGUGCGGAUAUACUUGGGAACCGAUAUUCUGGUUUUUAUGAUUUUACUACGACAGUUUCCAAUUUUAAGGCCGAACUAACUCCUUACUAUUGAAAGGUCAAUCUAUUGAUGCCAAGAUGGAGUUGAAAUGUGAGCUUAAAGUCGGGCCCCGUAACAGACUUGUGAAUGAUUACCCCGGACGUUAGUAGCCCACACCAAGUACUCACCUAAUCAUAACCCCAUAAACAUAGUUAACAUAUACGUGUUAGCUAUUAAAGAUGUCAGGAGGAAGUUUCCUUACAAAGAUGCGGUCCGCUUUUAGGAGGGAGCCGACGGACUGGGACCUCAGCGACACGGCGACGUUCGACUUCUCCGACGAACUAGUUGAGGAUGAGACGCCUAAAUUCAACAAGCUGAAAGUGGUGGUGUCCGGAGAGAUGUCUGAUUAUUCUUCCAGGGCUCCGUCUAACGGAGUGGCGGUGAACACGCUAGUUGUGGAUGACGAUGAUGAUUCCCUGCUGGACUCCAACAUCGGCAGCCCGGGGUUGCAUUUUGACCCCUGUGACAGCUGCACCGAGAAGAGGGAGAGCAUCAAGCACAAAAGUGUGAUGAAAAGGCUGGCCAUUGCAGCUUCGCUGUAUUUCCUUUUCAUGACAGCGGAAAUUAUUGGUGGUUAUGUAUCAAACAGCUUAGCCAUUAUGACUGAUGCCGUGCACAUCCUAGCAGAUGUGGUGGGAAUUUUGUUUUCACUCCUGGCUCUCUGGCUCUCUACCAAGCCUCCCACUAAGAGAUAUACCUUCGGACUGCAUCGUCUUGAGGUGAUAUCAGCAGUCCUCAGUGUAGUUCUCAUCUACAUUCUGACAGCCAUACUGCUCUAUGAGGCAGUUCAGAGAACAAUACACCAACACUUCAAUAUAGAUGGAGAUAUCAUGCUCAUCACUGCAGCUGGGGGCGUCGCUAUAAACCUCAUAAUGGGUUUCCUGUUAAACCAGUGUUGUCACCUACACUCUCAUGGUCAUGGACACACUCACAGCCAUGGACAUUCUCACAGUUCUGCAGUUGCCUCCAGGACAAAUUCAGCAGGGUCUGAUCACCAACAGAAGUCUCCUGGUAGCCUGGCGGUCAGAGCUGCCUUCAUCCAUGCUUUAGGAGACCUCCUUCAGAGUAUCGGGGUUCUCAUAGCUGCUUACAUUGUCCGCUUUAAGCCAGAGCUAAAGUUGGCAGAUCCCAUUUGUACCUACAUCUUCUCUGUUCUGGUUCUCUUCACCACAUUCCGCAUCUUACGAGACACAUUAGUGAUUAUGCUGGAGGGUGUUCCCAGGCACCUGGAUACUCAGCGAAUCAAAGAUGACCUUCUGAAGCUGGAGGAUGUCCAAUCGGUCGAUGGGCUGAAUGUCUGGGCACUGACAGCUGACAAGACUGUUGCACUAGUGCAUCUCCAGCUCACACCCUCUAGUGCCAGCAGCUGGGAAGAUGUCCAGGCCAAGGCCCAACAUUUACUACUUCACACUUAUGGUCUCUAUAGAUGCACAGUGCAGGUCCAGACGUACAGGCAGAGACAAGUACAUAGUUGUCUACAAUGCAACACUUUUAGUGCCUGAAGACGGCCUUAUAUUUACAUCAACCACAAUGCAUUAUGCUAGAGUCAGAGGACAUCAAAAACUGUGAUCUGAAAGACUGGAAGCCACAGUGCUGUCGAAGCUCAGUGCCAUGGCAACAGUCGCUGUAUAGUAGUAUAUAGCUCUCAGAGUGAAGGUUGAAUCAUUCAGCUAAGAAUAAUAAUGUAAAAAUAAUUUCUCUUAAAUCACCAUUAAAGCCUAAUUCAACAGGUGAACUUUUCUAUUUUACAAACAGUUUCACUUAUUACCCCGAUAUCAGCUAAUGAAAGCUAAUUUAAUUUGUGCAUCUGCAUUAGUCCUCAUCUAUGUGAGGCAUAAGAGCAUGAUCAUGGUUCCACUUUUAUAGAAAUUACUGAUUAUUAAAUUAAUUAAUUUAUUGAUUCAUUGUCUGCAGCCAAAGCCUUUUGUAGCUUGUGGUAACAUAAACACCUGACAACCUUAGUUAUAUUUGAAAUAGUCAGUACUGACUCUGCUGACCAAUACAUAAAAGUUAUUUGGACAAUGAUACUUACUCUAGCAUGAGUUUUAAUUGCUGAUCGUGAAACUGACAAUCACAGUGUUAUUAAUAGUAAGUACCACAUUGAUUGGACUGUUCACCAGUGUGAUUCUACUUUGUACUUGGUAUUUUAAUAAAGAUUAAUAACUGGCAACAAAAUAAGUAAUGCAGACAAUUUUAUUAAUCCUCAGUGUUGCAGUGUUGUGAGGGAGAAAUGUGAGGUACUAUUGAACAAUAAUAGAGUUGUGAGCUUUUAUGUUAUAAAAGCCCCUUUUUACUUUCUCUUUACUUCUUUCCAAUAUAGUUGCAGUCUUUAACCCAUCCCUAUUUAUAUUUGACUUAUUUUUGCGAUCGCAUAAUUAAAAUUAUAAUUAAACGAUUGUAAUGUAAAUGUAAUGUAAUGUAAAUACUAAAGCAUUUAAACACCAUUUGUAUCUACCAGUGUCUACAAAAAUGUUUGGUCUCUCAACACUAGGUGGUGUUAAGUGAAAACAGUCCCAGCUUUAUGAAUGUCAUGAUGAUAUUGCAUAAACUUUACAACUAAAAAAGUAUUUGGCCAUCGUUGACAGAAAAUGUGUGCAUUAACUUGAGCUACUAAGAUGACUAAUCAUCAGGAGAAGUCAGGAUCUGGAUUACAUUUUUGGUUUUUAAUAAAGUAUUUAAUCCUUUUAGUCUUGUUCUUAAGCCCCUUGUUACUUUCUCUUUACUUCUUUGUAAUAUAGUUGCAGUCUUUAACCAAUCUCCAUUUAUAUUUGAAUUAUUUCUUGCGAUUGCAUAAUAAUUAUAAUAAUACUAUUGUAAUGCAAUGUAACGUAAAUACUGAAACAUUUUAACGCCAUUUGUAUCUACCAGUGUCCACAUAAAUGUUUGUUCUCUCAACACUAGGUGGUGUUAAGUAAAAACAGUCCCACCUUUAUGAAUGUCAUGAUAUUGCAUAACAAUGCAUUUACAACAAAAAAAAGUAUUUGGCCAUCAUUGACAGAAAAUGUGUGCAUUAUCCUGAGCCACUAAGAUGACUAAUCAUCAAGAGAAAUCAGGAUCUGGAUUACUUUUUUGGUUUUUAAUAAAGUAUUUAAUCUUUUUA